AUUGAUCAACUUCCGAAUACGGGUCGGAUUUUAUAUACCAUAACUGGUUUUGUCCGUGUUCUUGUCUGCAAAAGCUAGGGUUCUAUUGUUUUGGGGGAAUUUUAUUCCAAUUUCUCAUCGAUUAAAGAUUGAGGAAGAGGGCACUUCGAGAUUAUAAAAUAUUCGUGCUUCUUUCUUCUGUUUAAUCGAUUUCGAUCGUUGGUUUUUGUAAGGUAAACUAGUCGAGAAUGGGAAGAGGGAAGUUCAAGGGCAAGCCUACUGGUCGCCGUCAGUUCUCUACGACGGAAGAGAUGAUUGCUGGUACUUCUUCACGCCCUCGCACUUUUAAAAAGGAAGCUGAAGUUGAAGAGGAAGAGAGAUCAGAAGAAUCUGAAGAGGAGUCUGAGGAAGAAUCUGAAAGGAAGAAAGGACCCCAAGGUGUUAUUGAGAUCGAGAACCCUAAUACAUCCAAGCCAAAGACCAUGAAAGCCAGAGAUGUUGAUCUGGACAAGACAACUGAAUUAUCAAGACGUGAAAGAGAAGAAAUCGAGAAACAGAGGGCUCAUGAAAGGUACAUGAAGUUGCAAGAGCAGGGGAAAACAGAUCAAGCAAAGAAAGAUUUAGAGCGACUGGCCCUUAUCAGGCAACAGAGGGCAGAAGCUGCCAAGAAACGAGAAGAAGAGAAGGCUGCCAAAGAACAAAAGAAGACUGAAGCUCGCAAAUGAGAAUGAUUAUCUCUGAAAGGGGUAAGUAAGCGAUCGACUAGGUUUUAUGAAACUAGAAAUUUCUAUUCGGGAAGGAACAAAUUUUAUGGCAACCAAUUUGUCGUAUAAAUACAAAAUCAGAGAACAUGAAAUUGUGGACUUGUUGAAUCUUGACAACAGUCAUCUUUAUGAUUGUUAAUGUUUGCUUUUGGAGUUUGUACCUGAAAAGUACUUCUGGUAUCUCAAUGUUUCUUCUUGUAGUUUACAUUC